GGGAGUUCGGGUAUCCCGAAUCGGUGUUGGACCACUCUCGAAGAAACGUUUGGCUUGUCUGCGCUUCUUGACCGUCACAACUCAAAUUCUGUACAUAUCGAUUUGAACAUCCUCAUCAAGCAACCCUCCACAAUACGCACAUCCUGUCACCUUUUUUUACCUUCUGAAUCACGCGGGUGAAGUAAUACACACGGGCGGGCCGCCUUUCAAAAUCCAGUUCUGUACAUACUCGCCUCUCUCAUCCCAGCAUAUUCGAACUAAAAUAACCAUGGAGCCCCCAAUCGCUCUUGACGUCCCAAAUGAAUCGGACCGGAUCCCAACAACUAAGCGGUAUUGGAAAGAGUCAAAUGGACUCCUGUGCUCGAUUUGCCUCGAACCAGAUCACCAAGCACGAAACUGUAGUCAUCAACUGUGUUUAACCUGCGGUGCCAUCGAUGAGCACAUCACUCGACAAUGUCCGGUUAGCCUGGUGUGUCAUAGCUGCGGUAGUCGAGGUCAUCUAGCUCGGCAUUGUCCGUCUUCUUCUAGGGCCUCCGGAACGCACUGUGCACGUUGUGGCUCGAGCAUUCAUCUCACCCUGAACUGCCCGUCUAUAUGGAGGGACUACGAGGAGGAACCUAAUGACAAACCUAAGCGAGUCAUGCGCGCAUGUUAUUACUGUGGCAAUACUGGCUAUCACUUCGGAGACGAAUGCCCUUUUCGGAGAUCGACUCUCCAAACAGAGCCGUCUGCUUUUUCGGAUCGCUCACUCCCGACACGAGACAGACAUUUGUCACGCCAUCCCCAAUCUCGUGGGCCUGGCAGAGACUCUCCGCGCCACAACGACCACGACCGACAGUACGACGGAGGCAGGCAGGAUAGCUACAGGCCACCUGAUCCCCCAUCAAGUCGCAAGAAAGCCCCUCGACCAGGACGGAGGGACAGAGCCGCCUACGCGCGACCGGUCGACGUCGACGAUGAAGAUGAUUGGUUUUCAAAAAGACACCGGAGGCAGAGCCCUAAAAAGUCUGAAACUCAUCCUAGACCAAGUGGAUCCAACUCAAUCAGGGUUGGUGGCUCCUACAAAGGAGGUUACAUCAAAUAAUCUUGCCAACUCGAUGCGAUCGUUUAGAUCAAUCAUAUACAUCAUGGUCCCUCUCUACCGCGGACCAUGCCUAAAAUCCCACUUUCACAAUGGGCCAGUCAAUCGUGACAGCCUGACAGAUCUGAUAACCGAC